AUGCUAGUCAACGGUUGCAUGUCGAAGCAUGAAUCCCUCGUCCUUCGAGGGAGGUUAGGGUUUGCUGACAGCUUUGUUCACGGAAGGUUGGGCGAGAUGGUUCUGAACAGGAUUGUUGAACACGCCUAUGGCACAGAAGCUCGCAUUGGCAAGCCUCUCGAGAGCGCGCUGACCUGGAUGCGCCACCGACUUCUCACCUGCAAGCCCAAGAGAAUAGACUCGACUGAUCUGCAGCAAGUCUUUGUUUACACUGAUGCGGCUUUUGAACCAGAAACCUCCACCGGAGGCUUGGGCGCUGUACUGGUGAGUGAAGCUGGCAUUUGCGUUGCUUGGUUUGGUAUCUUCCUUGAUUCCAACUUGUGUGAAGUGUUUGGAUCCUCUCGGAAAGACACGAUCAUUUAUGAGCUGGAGCUUUUGAGUGCAGUCUUUGUUCUCAGAUUCUGGAAGAACUUUGCUUUUGGAAACCUGACGGUGCACUUUGGAGACAAUGAUGCAGUGCGUUUCGCGCUCAUCAAAGGAAGCGCGCAAGGAGAGAUUGGAAAUGCUUUGAUUUAUUUGCAGCUCGAACUUGAGUCUGAACUCGGUUCGCAUCUUUGGUUCGCUAGAGUCCCGACUGAAUGUAAUCUCAGUGACCACCCCUCUCGCUUUUCAGUGCAUCCGCUCCUUAAGGACGAACAGUGUUGCACUGCAGAAGCUGGCAAAGAGUUCUUUGAGUUUUUGCACACCUUUCGUCAGACGAUAAGGGCCAAACAAUUUUAA